AUGCGAUUGGUGAGGGGUCAUCUGGUUUUCACCGCAACCGACAAGUCUUCCCUAGCGUGGCUUACAGAAACCAUUAGCACCAUCCGACCAUGGGAGGAUGUCGAACUGGCUGUGGUUCCCGUCCAGGAACUGCCACGUCUCUCGAGGGUCCACAUUGGGAUUCCUGGCCGCAGACUUCAGAGUAAUCAGGACUCGGUGGAUCAGAGUAGAGACUAA